AGAUGCCGCUAUAAAAAAAGUGAUUCCGUUGAACGUGUAUUUGUUAAAACGCUGCAAAGCAAAAUACAUGUAUCACCCGUGUUUGCACAUUAUCACCUGUAGAUUAGAAUAUUACAAUAUCCUAGGCGGCGAACUCAUGAAGAUUUAACACAGACUCGGCAUUGACAUAGUUCUACAGGGGUGGCUAUGAAUGUUGUUGAUGAUCUUCUAAAAGAUGCGGGUGAUUCGUCCAUAAAUGUUGACGUUUUACAUGUCCAGUAUGAAGAAAUUAAAGGAGCAGUUCAAAAAGAGGAACAAAGCUCUAAAGCUGCUUCUGAGAUCUUAGUGGAGUUCAUGGAAGUUGCAAUUCAUCAGAUUCUCUAUUCCAGAAAGCUAUACCCAGAAGAAAUAUUCAUACUUCGCAAAAAAUAUAAUAUACCUAUACAUAUAGCCAGCCACCCUGGACUGAAGGACUACAUUUCUAGUACUUUAUCAUCAGUGCAAAAUCUUCUUCAAAAGAAAGAGAUCUGUCGUGUAUCGUUACUUGUAGAAGAUGGUGAUGUACCUGUUGAGAAUUUUCUAUUUGAAGUAAAUAUACUACGAGAUAUCAUGAGAAAGGAAUUUGAAUAUUCAGAACUUGAGCAAUCGCUAAGAUCAUUCAUUCUGAAAAUUUCAGCAAGCGGGUCACAAAUGGAGCCGUUGAAAGAUACUUGUACAUUUGAGAUAUUAGUGGCAUGUGCAGCAGAUUGCGAAGCUGACCUCAAUGUUCUGAGCAACCAAGAUGAUAAUAUAAAGUGGAUCAAAGUAGAUAAAUCAGAUUUUUCAAAGCAAUUGGACCCUAAGAAGAUUCUACCGAUAAAAAAAUUAACGAGUUCCCCCAUUCUCAAUAUGCAACUCAUUGUGGAACAAAUGCUAUAGAGCAGGGUUUCCCAAACCUUUUGGGCUGCAGACUCGUGUUUGUGAAUCUUCAGUUUUGAUGGGCUCUCAUCAGAUGCCGUUUCAAUUUCUGUGCCUUACCACUACCAGUGAGGAGGAAUAAUGUUU